UCAAUCUGAGAACCAAAAUCCUGUGGCAUAUUUAUGGCAAUCUUGUGGACAUCCGACAAAUCUUCUCGCAGUCUCUGCAAAAUUAUGAAAUGAUAGUAUUGGAUCAAAAAAAGACUUUCUCCGUCACCACGAUGUCCGAGAAUUCAGUAAAUGGUGAAGAAACUGGUGAACACUUUGAAAGGUUUUUAGAACAGCAUUUAAAUCAACUUCAGGCAUCAGGCGUUCCAAGUACACAUUGGAAGUCUCUAUACGUUAAACUGAAAGAAGACAUUUAUGAUGCUGGGGAAUCCUUUAAAAUGCUGUGCUAUGAAAUGGAAAGUGAUGAUGAGGAAACAGAGAACAAAGACAUCGGACAGGAUGGAGAAGAAGAAAUAACUAACUACAAAUGGAUGAUUGAGGCAACUAAAGAUGUUCAGAAAGACGAUUCAAAUAAUAUAUUUCUAAUCGACCAUGCCUGGACAUACAGAGCAGAAGAAGCUAGACAACAUUUGAAGACUAUUCCAGGUUUGCUGCAGAGGAUGGCUUCCCUCAUGGCAGUUAAGGUCAAUGGAAGGUCAAAUUCACAAAUAGAGGAGGACAUCCUGACAGAAAUGUGGAAAUUUAACCAGACAUACAGCUUUGGGCAUUUUGAAAGGGGAGAUAAGGCGGCCAUGCCGGUCUGGUAUGUAAUGGAUGAGUUUGGUUCAAGAAUACAACACUCCGAGACUCCAAACUGCCGGACGGUGCCUUUUUACUGGAGGGAAACAAAGAUGACAUAUACACUGAUGUGGCUCAAGGAGGAUGUUGAUGAUGGAGAUGAAAUAACAAGAGAUUAUGUUGAGAAAGAGGAAGAUGAUGACAUAAAAAAAGCAAGACUGUUAUCAUGGGAACCUUGUGACAUGAAAACUAUAAGCUAUAAACAGGAAGAACCAGAUGUAGAGUACUUUUCAAAAUAUGCAAUGAAUGAAACAUUACCUAACCCUGACACACCUUUUCCUGGUCUACCUAAGGACAGGAAUGUCCGUAUAUUUGUGGAGUACGGCUCGCUGAGGGACCAUCUCACUGACAAGCGGUUUGAAAUUGUUGAAACACAGGAGGAAGCAGAUGUAAUAUGGACAUUUAAAUCCUGGAAAGACUACAAGAAGCUGAGUGAAGAAACACCUGGGAAAAUGAUUAACCAGUUUCCACGCGAGUCUGUUUUGACAGUCAAAGACCUGCUUGCGGUGGUGUGUCGGCGAGUGAGUAAAGGAGUGGAGGAUCCUGACACAUUAGAACGGGAUCCCGAUUGGCUGCCUAUCACAUACAACCUGAAAACAGAACUGGACAAGUUCGCGUCAUACUUCCAGCACCGAGAAGAAAAAGGGUUAGACAAUCACUGGAUCUGUAAACCGUGGAAUCUGGCCAGGGGUCUUGACAUGCACAUCUCAAACAAUCUCAACCAAAUCACACGCCUCCCUGACUCUGGACCAAAGGUAGCCUGCAAGUAUGUAGAGGAUCCUGUGCUGUUUUUCCGUGAGGAGGUCGGCAAUGUGAAGUUUGAUGUCCGAUAUGUUGUGCUGCUAUCUAGUGUUAAACCCCUCAAACUUUUUGUAUAUCGGGUGUUCUGGCUUAGAUUCGCAAACAAAGCUUUUUCCUUGGACCACUUUGAUGAAUACGAGAAACACUUCACAGUUAUGAAUUAUGUAGAAGGUGGGAUCAACUUAAAACAGAUCCACUACGAUGACUUCAUCCCCAUGUUUGAGAAACAGUAUCCAGCUUUUCCCUGGAAUGGAGUAGAGGAGAGCAUAUUCCAGAUGUUUCGCGAGAUGUUCCAGGGAGCUACAUCUCUACCUCCUCCCCAGGGGAUCGCCCAUAACCCUCAGUCACGGGCGUUGUAUGCUGCUGAUCUACUGCUGAGAUGGUCUACAGACCAAAAAGGUGAUAAGGUGAUACGCCCAGUGUUGUGUGAGGUGAACUUCAUGCCAGAUUGUGACAGGGCCGUGAAAUAUCACCCUUUCUUCUCAAAUGAUGUAUUUAGUACGCUCUUCCUUGAUGAUACUGAGAGCAAGUAUGUGACACAGCUUCUCUAAGGAACUCGACAUUCAGAAUUCUGAAAUGGAGGACAAGGAAUUAAAAGAAUAUACAAGAACAAGAUUCCUUCUUUUACUACUGAAAAGAAGUAUUUUAUUUCUUAGAGAAAGACAAAAGCUGGAAAGUAAAAGGAAUUUCAAACAACACCAAAUCAUACCUGAACGCAUUAUGUCUGUCCCCUUGUGGAGGACUUUGUGGAUGUCAGAACUGAAGGAAAAACUUUCUUGAUUGACUAUGAAGACACUCCAAUCACCUACUAAUCAUCCACCACAGGGGAGGUUACUCUGAUGCUGUCAGAAAAUUGACAGUUAAUGUUAAGUGACAAGCAAUUGAGAAAAUUUGAGUAAUUUGCAACUGUAGUGUAUUGCCGUACUCUCUGAAAUGGA